AUGACUUCCACAACUCUGCACGUCCGCGCGGAGACUAAGCCACUGGAACAUCGCUCCGCAGUCACGCCAUCAAUUGCAAAGCAAUUGGUCGAUGCGGGCUACACUGUCAACGUUGAGCGUUCGAAAUUGAGCAUAUUCGACGAUGCUGAGUAUGAAGGCACCGGAGCUAGUCUGGUGCCAACAGGCUCCUGGAUAGAUGCGCCAAGUGAGCACAUCAUCGUUGGUUUGAAGGAGCUGCCGGAGGAGGACUUCCCGCUCAAGCACACACACGUUCAAUUUGCGCACUGCUAUAAAGGACAAGGAGGCUGGCAGCAAGUUCUGGGCCGCUUCCCUCGCGGUAAGGGCACUCUGCUCGACCUGGAGUUCCUUGAAGAUGAGCAAGGCAGGCGAGUUGCAGCUUUCGGCUACCAUGCAGGGUUCGCGGGUGCAGCGUUAGCGCUCAUGGCAUGGUCGUGGCAGCUCACGCAAGGCAAGGAUGAUGACAUGCCUGGCGUAACGCCAUACGAGAACGAAGAUCUGCUUGUCGAGGAAGUGAAGAAGGCUGUCGAAAAGGGAAAGGCGGCGGGUGGUCACCUGCCGCGAGUUCUUGUCAUCGGAGCGCUAGGACGGUGCGGAAGAGGUGCUGUCGACCUUUGCACUAAGGCUGGUCUCAGCGACAUUCUGAAAUGGGACCUCCCAGAAACUUCGGCCAAGCCCGGACCAUACCAGGAGAUCAUCGAGUCGGACGUCUUCGUCAACUGCAUCUACCUAUCCGCCAAGAUCCCGCCGUUCAUCGAUCAUAAGUCACUCUCAUCAUCGAGCCGCAAGCUGGCCGUUGUCUGCGAUGUCUCCUGCGACACCACCAACCCUCACAACCCGAUCCCGAUCUAUAAGAUCAACACCACCUUCGACAAGCCCACCGUCCCGGUCAAGCUCCUCUCCGGAUCGAAUGACUUGCCAUUGUGCGUUAUCAGCAUAGAUCAUCUCCCGUCGCUGUUACCGCGAGAAGCCUCGGAAGCGUUCAGCGCUGCGCUCCUCCCGAGCCUGCUGCAGCUCAAGGACUGGAAGAAUGUGCGGGUAUGGCAGCAGGCGGAGAAGCUGUUCAAGGAGAAGUGCGCUUCGCUGCCAGAGGGUGCCGUAGACGGUCACGCCGAGUUGAUCGCAAGCCAGUCGUAG